AUGAGCGACCUCGAUAAAGCUAUCGCACAACUGCGCGCCUGUCGACCGAUACCCGAAGCGCAAGUCCGAGAGCUAUGCCACAAGGCGCGCGAGCUGCUCAUUGAGGAAGGAAAUGUUGUCACGGUUACAGCCCCCGUAACGAUAUGUGGCGACAUUCACGGCCAGUUUCACGACCUCAUGGAGCUCUUCCGAGUAGGCGGCGAUGUUCCCGAUACCAACUACCUCUUCAUGGGUGACUUUGUCGACCGCGGCUUCUACUCCCUCGAGUCCUUCCUCCUUCUUCUCUGCCUCAAAGUCCGCUUCCCCGACCGCAUGACCCUUAUCAGGGGCAACCACGAAUCCCGCCAAAUCACUACCGUCUACGGCUUCUACGACGAGUGCCUUCGGAAAUACGGCUCCGCCAACGUCUGGCGGUACUGCUGCGACGUAUUCGACUACCUCGCCCUCGGCGCCAUCGUUCUCGGCGCAUCACACACAUUCAACUCCACUCCGGGACAAGACCCCAUCAGCGAAGAUACUGAAAUUGAGGUCUGCGAUCAAAACGGCUCAACAAUGAGCCGCUUCCCCCGACAGAGACGACCACAAAGGCAACCUACGAAUAGCCCCAACGGUGCCCCCUCGUCCGGCGGCGACAAGACAGGCCCGCCAGGAAGCGGCGCAUCAGGAAGCGCAUCAGGUUCUAUAGGCAACCCCGCCGGAGCCAUUCUGUGCGUUCAUGGCGGGUUGUCCCCGCUUAUAGACAGCGUAGAUAAGAUCCGGCUGUUGGACAGAAAGCAGGAAGUCCCCCACGAGGGCGCCAUGUGCGAUCUGCUCUGGUCCGACCCGGACGAGAUCGACGGCUGGGGCCUGUCGCCGCGCGGCGCGGGCUUCCUCUUUGGCGCCGAUAUCGUCCGCGACUUCAACCACAAGAACGACCUCUCGCUCAUUGCGCGCGCCCACCAGCUGGUCAUGGAAGGGUUCAAGGAGAUGUUUGACGCCAGCAUCGUGACGGUGUGGUCGGCGCCCAACUACUGCUACCGCUGCGGCAACGUGGCGGCCAUCCUCGAGCUAGCCGAGGACGAUUCGGGCACGGGCGUCUUUGCGCGCAGCAACGGCGAUCGGGGACGCAGCGACGGCAAUAUUCGGGGCACCGACGACCAGGUACUCCUCCCCGGGCCCGCGAGGAGGUACCGCGUGUUCCAGGCCGCGCCGCAGGAUUCUAGGGGCAUGCCUGCGAAGAAGCCCGUGGCGGACUACUUUUUGUAA